AUGCGCUGGGUCCGGGCGCUGCUAAAGAACGUGUCCCUAGCCGGGGCUCCCAAGUACAUGGAGCAUUUCAGCAAGUUUCUGGACUUUGGGUCUAGCAAUGCCUGUGAAAAAACGUCCUUCACCUUCCUAAGGCAGGAGCUGCCUGUGCGGCUGGCCAAUAUAAUGAAGGAGAUCAAUUUGCUUCCAGACCGGGUACUAGGAACUCUUUCAGUGCAGCUAGUGCGGAGUUGGUACAUCCAAAGUCUUCUGGACAUCAUGGAGUUCCUGGACAAAGACCAUGAGGACCACUGGACCCUGGAACAGUUCACAGAUGCCUUGGUCACAAUCCGUAACCGGCACAAUGAUGUGGUGCCCACUAUGUCCCAGGGCAUGCUGGAGUACAAGGAGGCCUACGGUGAUGACCCUGUGUCCAACCAGAACAUCCAAUACUUCCUAGACCAAUUCUAUCUCAGCCGGAUCUCUAUCCGAAUGCUCAUCAACCAGCAUACGUUGAUCUUUGAUGGCAGCACGAACCCUGCCCACCCCAAAUAUAUUGACAGCAUCGAUCCCAACUGUGAUGUUUCCGAGGUGGUGAAAGAUGCCUAUGAUAUGGCCAAACUCCUGUGUGACAAAUAUUAUAUGGCUUCCCCCAGCUUGGAGAUCCAAGAGCUCAAUGCCUCCAACUCCAAACAGCCCAUCCAUAUGGUCUAUGUCUCCUCUCAUCUCUACCACAUGCUCUUUGAGCUUUUUAAGAAUGCCAUGUGGCCAACUGUGGAUAGCCAUGAAUACAGCCUCACACUCCCACCCAUCAAAGUGAUGGUAGCCUUAGGUGAGGAAAAUCUGUCUAUCAAAAUGAGUGACCGGGGCGGGGGUGUUCCUUUGCGGAAGAUUGAGAGGCUCUUCAGCUACGUGUACUCCACAUCUCUCACCCCUUAGCCGGGCUCCGGGGGAACCCCAUUGGCUGGUUUUGGCUCUGGACUCCCCAUAUCCCACCUUUAUGCCAAGUACUUCCAGGGUGACCUGCAGCUCUUCUCCAUGGAGGGCUUCAGAACUGACGCUGUCAUCGAUCUAAAGGCCCUGUCGACAGAUUCUGCGGAGCAUCUGCCUGUCUACAGCAAGUCCGCGGGGCGUCACUACCAGACCAUCCAGGAAGCAGGCGACUGGUGUGUUCCCAGCACAGAGCCCAAGAACACAUCCACCUACCAAGUCAGCUGGACAGGCUGCUACUGGCGGAGACCUUGGAAGGGUUUCCAUUGCUGGCAAGUCCCCUUCUGGCUUUGCAAUGAUGACCAUGAGGACAGAUGGAUCUCUUUAAGGACUGGUCACCCUGGUGACCUUCUCCCUGUGUCUACCACCCUAAGGGAUCAGGGGGGAUAUGACCCUGAUCACCUGUCUCUGUUUCCAUAG